AUUGUUUUUAUUCAUUGCCAGAUUCAUUAAAAGUGUGAUGAAACCAUACGUAAAUACAUUUUUGGAUGUCGAAUCUAAACGUUGUGAUUAGUGGUUUUCAUUCAAAUAUAAUUCUUAUUGGAAAUAUAAGGCUAAGAUGUUUGAAGAGAAGAAAAUGAUCAACUAUUCGCCUGUAAAACAAAAUUUAACGAUUCGUGAAAAGGCAUGUGUAAUAAACGUGGAUCAGAAGAAGCUUACAGAAAGACAGAAGUCUGUGUUGGUGGAUUUUAUCACGAACAACGUGAAUUUAAUUUGGCCUAAGGUUACUAAUUACGUGAAUAGGCCGGACCGCCUGGAUGCCCAAAAUUUGUGGAAGCAAAUUGCAGAAGAACUCAAUGGAAUGCCUGGACCGACAAAAUCGUGGAGGCAAUGGAGAAAAUCUUGGCAGUACGUAUAUCGAUUUGCAAGACAAAAUUUAGCUACGCUGCAGAAACGUGCGAAAAUUGGGACUUUGACUGAUACCCAAAUGAACCUAUUGAAUUUGAUUAGUUUAAAAAGUGCAAACCACCUUUCUCUUGACUCGACUGAUAACGAUAUCGCUGAAAAUCUCUCCGACGAUGACGAUGUUUUUUUGGAAGAAGAAUGGCUCGAAGACAUAGAUGUCAAUGACAAAGAAUCCGAGAUAGGAAAAAUUGAUAAGCCGCAUUUCAAUAUUCAAGAAUUAAAGGCAAUUCCAACUUCAACAUCGUCGAUGAUUUCAACAUCAGAGAAAAAUGUGCUAAGCCCUGAAACUUCUAACUCAACAAUUACGAAAAUAUGCAAUCCACAAGAAAAUAUCGGCCAUCUCGAACCUUCCACCAGCCAAAAAAGAAAUAAAUCCGAUACCGAUUGCUUGGAACCCAGCGUCCUUGAAGUAUCAAAAAUCUCAUCUGACCAACAUUUCAGAAUACGAAAACGCGAUUUAUCUUUUCGUGAGACCGAGCUGAAUAGUCGCGAACGCGAAUUAUCGUCGCGGGAACGCGAGUUGGCAUUUCGUGAGACAGAGCUUAAUCAACAAAUUUCUUACCCAUUUGAUCGCGAACGCGAACUGAUAAAUCGUGAGCGUGAAUUGAUUUAUCGUGAACGAGAGGUAAUUCGUCGCGAACGCGAAUUAAUUUCUCGUGAAGGUCACAUGUUUUCUUUGAAUAGUGAGUUACUAAAUUUCGAAAGCAAACUGAUUUUAAGGGCAAAGGAAAUAGAGCAUUUAAAAAAGAAAGUCAGAGAUAGGAUGGAGAAGAGAAUGAAAUUUGAUUCUAGUUUCCUUGACAUUUCAGACGAGAAUGAUUGCUAGCUCAUAUUUAUGGUUUAAUCUAAAGAGUUUUAAAAACGUGUUAAAUUAUUAUUUCCUCGCAUAAUACUUUCAUGGGUUUUCCAGUUACGUGCGUAUCUCAUUUCUUUAAACUAUUUCCAUACAUCAGGAAACCAUCUCUUAAAGAUUUUUUAUCGGCGAAAUUAAGUACGUUUUGCAUAUUGUGAAAUAUACUUUUAUAUAGGUAUAUAGCUGGAUUUUUCUAAGUUUAUCUUUAAAAAUUUCAUUUUUGUCGAUCUUCUCUUUAGACGAAUAAUUGUUAACUUUUUGAGAAAUAUAUUUUAAAAUAUUUAUUUGGGGAAUCUAAAAGUAGGGGGCGUGAUUUUUUUUAGAAUUGUGAGUAGAAACUGUUCUGCAACUGUUACAGAACAAUGAUAUGUCCCUUUAUAUGUCGCUGUUACAGUGAAGUUAUUCUUGCAAAUUAAAAAAAUGUCAGUAAACUCUACUGUGUAACAGUUCUUAUUAUGCGACUGUUACGCAGAAUCAUUGCGUGAUGGCAUGUUAAGUGUUAACUGGUCAGUAGCAUUUCACAAACCUAUUCUAUGUGUUAUUGUUAUGUUUAUUAUUAAAUGUUGCGAAAUUAGUAUUUUCUAAUAUGUUAUGAACGUUGGCCACUACGUUAUAAUGUUACUUUUCACAAAUUUAUAUAUUUUUUUCCUUUAUUUUAUCCAGGAAAUAAAUCUUGUUGGACUAAACAAUAACAAUGUUCUACAGUUCAUAAUGAAGUUAUUGCAUCUAUUUUUCGCGUAAUAACAUGAUUUCCACUUAAUGGUCAGGCGACCGUCAGAUUCCCGAAAACGAUUAUUUCAUGGUCAAGACACAACAAUCAAGGUGCAAUCUCAUGUCAAAAAUAUCUUUGCCCACGUAGGCAGAAAGCGUCGGCGCCAAAAAGAAAUUCAUGAGACUGAAAAAGACAAAUAGAUCUGUCAGUCUCUUUCACUCUCAUGAUUUUCUGUGUGCGCCGCCAUUUUCUGAAGCGUAUCUGUCCCACGAGCUCAUGGAACUGCACUUUUGGGGUGGAGACCUCAGAAGCGAUUGCUAAAUCCGUGUCUUCCAUCUUUUCAUUUUUUAAAAGAAGAAUGUAAAUUGACUAUGUGAUGUUUAUAAAUUAUCAAAUAAAUCAAUGUAUGCAUUGUGCAAUUGAGCAUUCUAACAUUACGUCAUACUUUGUGGGUAACGUCAAAAUCUAUAAGGAAAAUUAAUUUUUGUAGACGAAAGUAGACAAUCAUUUAAAAUCUUUCGAAGUAUCUCAGAAUUAACUAAAAUCAAUUCUGAUUACUUAAAAUCUUUAAAAUUUUCUUUAAAUCUUUUGAAACUCCUUAAAAUCUUCGAAUUUCUUCAAAUACCUUGAAACGUUUUCACUAAAACUUAUAGAAAUAUUUUAAACGUAGGGGCUAGCCUGCCGGCACCGGCAACAUUGUUAGUUGCCGCAGCCGGCAAAAUUGCAUGUUUAAAUGCAAAUUAAAUACAAAAAUUACGUUUUUUAUUUACGAAGUUUAUAUACACUAUCUGUACCGGCAAAAAGCAUAUUUCAAGCAUACAAAAGGAACUUUUACACUCGUGGAGGUGGAAAGGCAGCGUCUUGUGGCGAGGCUAGAAUGCAUUCCUGUGAUUAGUCACAAAU